GUUAGACAGAUAUAUGCUUUCUCAUACAAUUCUGAUAGUAAGAUCUUACACAAAUUCUAUGUACUAUUUGUUAUGCUCGCAGUGUCUGCCGGUGGGGCGCGCCGUCCCCACAGCCCACUCCUUGGGGUUGAGUUCUCACCUGUCUGCGUCAGACACGGACACUUCUCACAUUGCCACGAUGUGAGAAGCUGCAGGAAAUGAAUCUAACUAACCUCUACACUAAAUUCGGACAAUUGCUGUCAGCGAAUGUGUCACUUGGUGGACCUCAACAUGAAGCGGAUAACUGGACUUUCGCAAAUACCAAUCCCUUCGCGGUGGACGUUUUAUUUUCGGGACACGAGCCAGGCACCAUCGUUCUGGUGGUUAUGUACACGCUUUCUUUUAUUACCGGACUCGGUGGGAACAUCAUGGCUCUCCUGGUGCUCACGCGCAAGAGGAACCGUUUGGCGGGGGCAUCGGCUACGCGCCGGCUCCUGGUAAACCUGGCAGUAUGUGACAUGAUGGUCGUGUGCGUGUGUAUGCCCGUGAACCUGGGACACAAGGUUUAUAACGCCUGGGUGUUUGGAGACUUCAUGUGCCGCGCGGUGCCGUUCGUUCAGGCGGUGUCGGUGUCCGCCAGCGUUCUGAGCCUGGCUGUGAUCAGCCUGAACCGGUACUACAGUGUACAUAACCCACUCCACGCAAGGUCCUUCUUUACAGGGCGGCGGAUACUCUGCAUGAUCUUGGUGGUGUGGGCUGUGUCGUCAGUUCUCUGCCUCCCGCUAGUGUUCAUGAACACCACUCGGACCCUGUCUCUCCUGGACGGGGCGCACACCGUCACCGUGUGCGUGGAGAGCUGGGGCAAAGUUAAGCUGCGACAGGGCUACAACUUCCUCCUCUUCUGUUCGCUCUACGGAUUCCCCGUGCUGUUCAACUUGGUCAUCUGCCUGCUUACGGGAUGGAAGCUAUGGGGAACGGACGACAAACUCCAAGAACCAAGCAAAUAUGGUAUUGCGCAAUCAGUCUCUCGUCUAAAAGUUCGUCAAAGGAUCGCCAAGAUGGUGUUGUCUUUGGUACUGCUUUUCACAUUGUCCUGGUUACCCCUAUACGUGGUGGACAUCUGGAUAGAUUUCAACAUGCCGGAGACCAUAGGCGGAGAAGAGGGAAAUCAUUUCGAACACGAGUGGAUCAUGCAGAGCAGACCCUUUGCACAGUGGCUUGGUCUGACCAACUCUGCUCUCAACCCACUGUGUUACUGCUUCGUGGGAAACCUGUACCGGUCAGCCAAGAGGUUCCGGGAGAGCUACAGACAGAAACUGUCGUCAGUGUUCAGUCUGUCGUUACAGCAGUCUACCAUGGGCUCCGUGCGUAAUUUCUCCCUCUCCCACAGCCGCCCUCCAUCAAACAAGCGCGCCACCGAGAAGCGCGCGUCGAAAGAUUGCGACAAUCUUGAUGACAGGUUGACUAAGAGUCAAAGUUUGUCUACUGUCACAGUUUAUGAGACAGUUUUCGAUUGACGUGUUUAAAGUAUCAUGUCGUGACACAAUGAAUGUCGAAAACAAACCUACUCACUGGCCCAGAUCCGUCUGAGACCUGUCAUCUUUCAGUAUUUGGUGUCCCCUUUUUUAUGUGCGCUUCAGAAAAAAAGGUUUUGGUGGCAGAUUGUGCUGGUAAACAAAUGUAAAGAUUUAGCAUGGGGCCGCUAACCUUGGGGUUUGGUGGUCAUAAAAGCUUACACGUUCUGGGCUAGCUACUUGUAGUUCAUAUCUCUUAAAAUGUACAAAAGUGAGUACUGUGCAUUUUAUUAAACGUUGUGGACAUGCUGUUCUAUUUUAC